AUGGAUGGAGGAGGCCUCAACGCCUGUCAACUCCAGGAGCUGCCCCGCCACUUUGAGCGCUUCUACGCCUAUCUACCUUCCUCACUGUUCGACAUAGGCCAGCACUGCGGGCGGUGCGUGCGCGUGAAGGGGCUGGACGUGGGCUCCUCCCAGAGCUCCUUCACCCUGCUGGUGGUGGACCAGUGCAUCACCUGCGACGACGGCAGCCUGGACGUGUCGGCGGAGGCGUUGGAGGCCCUCUCCGGUUCCCCGCUGGGCAGCACCGAGAUCUCGUGGCAAUUCGUUUCCUGUGACGAGGAGGCAGACCUGUCUCCCGUUGAGACGACGCAGCAGGAGAAGAAGAACAAGAACAAGAAGGGCUGGAGGAAGAAGGUAUCGGCGGCAGAUGGCGCCGGCAGCGAGGAGGAGGCUGCCGAGGAGGAGCCCGCCGUUGAUGCCGCGGUGGCGGCGCAGGCUGAGACGGCUGCCGACGAGCCCGCCAGCCGCAAGCUGCUUAGGCUUCGGCGGUAG